AUGUCACCAUGUCUGCUCCUUUCGAGUCGCACUGACACUUUCUUCGCCUUUUGCUCCAACUUGUCCACGCCAUCCCCGAUACCUCCGAUAUCCUGUCGCGUCUCGUCAUCCAGUGCGCAAAGCGUCGCCAGACUUGAGCUCUUGAUCACCUGCACACGCGACAUGUACGUCGCUGCGACAGUCAGAAUGAGAAACAGGGUUGUCAACACCAGUUGCGUAUUAUGGGCAGAUAACGUUACUCACAGGUUUGUCAUCGAGCGCGCCGCAUUGGUCAUCACAGUCUGGAUAUCGGCGAGUCGCUUUUCGGGAGGAGGUAACUCGGUCGUCAAGAAGUCUCCCAGCAGAGAAAAGGCAAAUGCCUUAGCUGACCCUCCACCGUUCGAAGCAACCACCCCUCGAGUUCUAUCCAUCAGCAACGAGUCCAGCAUUGUCGACGCUAGUAACAUGGACGCCGUUAAUGAAGUCCAAACAUUUAUCGUAAAGUCGACAGAAUCCUCCGCAUUCGGUGGCCUUUCCAAGGUGAAUUCGGCCCCCCCAUAA